AUGGGGGAAGCCAGCCCACCUCCCUCUCCCGACUCUGGGCUGCAGGAGUGUCUCAGGCAGCUGAGUAAAGAAGAGUUUCAGACAUUUAAGGACUUGCUAAAGGAAAACACUUCAGAACUGGACACGUGCUCUUUUCCCUGGGAGGAGGUGGAUGACAGCCACGCGGAAGAGUUAGCGUCCAUCUUGCAUGAGCAUUGUAGUGGACCUCUCGUCUGGAAGAUAUGCCUGGACAUCUUUCACGAGAUGAACCUGCCGGCACUCUCUCAGAAGGCGAGGGAUGAGAUGGAAAAGUCUUCACCGACUGAAACACGAGAAGACUCGACACCCACGAAGACUGACCAAGGGACCAGCAUGGACGGAGUUCCAGGCCACGGGGGUGACGAAUGGGCCUACAAACGCCACGUGACGAUGAAGUUCGCCGGGACGUCGGGUGCCCACCAUGGUUUUGAAAGCUUUGCCUCUGAUUGUCCCCAAACGCACGCGUUGUUUGCUGCAUUCAAGCCAGACCCGCGAGGCUCCCGGCCCCUCACCGUGGUCCUGCACGGAAGACCAGGGGUGGGGAAGUCGGCUUUGGCCAGAAGAAUCCUGCUACACUGGGCUCAGGGGGAGCUCUACCCGGGUGUGUUCUCCUACGUCUUCUUCCUCGACGCCAGGCACCUUCCGUUGAGGAGGAAACACAGUUUUGCGGAGUUAAUUUCCAGGGAGUGGCCAGACUCCCCAGUCCCCAUGAUGAAGAUCCUGUCCCAGCCAGAAAGGCUCUUGUUUGUGGUCGACGGUUUUGACGACCUGGACGCUUCCUUCAAAGAUGCCGACACGCAUCUCUGUGCCGACUGGACAGAGAAGCAGGCGGUGCCUGUCCUGAUCCGUAGUCUGCUGAAAAAGGUCCUGCUCCCGGGGUCCUCCCUAAUAGUCACCGUCAGCGACGUGGGCGUGGAAAAGCUCAAAGCCAUGGUCGCCUCUCCCCGCUACCUCCUUGUCGAAGGAAUCUCGAUGGAAAGAAGGAUCCAGUUGUUCCUCGAGCACAUCAAGAGCGAGGACCAAAAAAUGCAACUCUUGCACUCCCUGGCAGACAACCACAUGCUGAUGGACGGGUGCCAGGUGUCCACCGUGCGGUCUCUCAUCUGCCAGGCUCUCGAGCUGCAGGCGGCGUCGGGGAAGAGCCCGCCCCCCGCCUGCCAGGUGCUCACGGGCUUGUACGCCACAUUUCUGGUGCAUCAGCUCACCCCUCGAGAUGCACCGAGGCGCAGCCUCAGCCCGGAGGAACGCGUCACCUUGAAGGGCUUGUGCCGGGCGGCCGCGGAGGGCAUCUGGGCCAUGAAGUUUGUGUUUUACGCCGAUGACCUGGGCGUCCACGGACUGACAGAGCCGGAGCUCUCCUCUCUGCUUCGCAGGAACAUCCUCCUCCACGACGCCCGCGGGGAAAGGUGCGUCACGUUCCUGCACCGAAGCCUGCAGGAGUUCUGCGCAGCCUUGCACUAUGUUCUCGAAGGCCUGGAAACGGAGUGGGAUCUCCGCCCUGUGUGUGGGGAGAACAGGUCGGCUCUGAAGGAGCUCAGACAGAGCAGCUGCAACGCCCACUUGCUCCCAAUGAAGCGUUUCCUGUUUGGCCUCAUGAACCAAGAGGUGGUGCGGAUGCUGGAGGACUUGCUGGGACGUCCCCUCGUCCUGGUGGUGAGGCGGGUACUUCUCCACUGGGUCUCUCUGUUGGGUCAGCAGGCCGACACCUCCUCCCCUCUGGACUUCCUGGACGCCUUCUACUGUCUCUUUGAGACCCAAGAUGAAGAGUUCGUCCGUUCGGCCUUGAACGGCUUCCAAGAAGUGAGGCUGACAGUGAACCGGCAGAUGGACCUGCUCGUGUCGUCUUUCUGUGUCCAGCGUUGCCAGCAUUUGCAGAAAAUUCAGAUGAACGUCAGAGAGAUCUUCCCCGAAGAUGAGUCCACCGAGGCACGGCCCGUCAUUCCGCAAGGGGUGCAGAUCAAGCCCCUGGUGAACGCGUGGUGGGAAAACCUCUGCUCCGCGCUCGGCGCCCACCCGAGCCUGCAGCAGCUGGACCUCAGCAGCAGCAUCCUGAGCGAGUGGGCCGUGAAGACCCUGUGCGUCAAGCUGAGACAGCCAACCUGCAGAGUACAGAAGCUGAUAUUCAAAGGUACACAGUUUACACUCGGCCUGCAUCACCUCUGGAAGACUCUCAUCAUCAACUCCACUAUUAAGCACGUGAACUUGGAAAGCACGCGCCUGCAGGAGGAAGACAUAGGCGUAGCGUAUGAAGCGCUCAAGCACCCUAACUGUGUGCUGGAGUCUUUACGGUUGGAUGACUGCGGACUGACCCACACCUGCUGUCUGCUGCUGUCCCACGUCCUGCUGACCUCCACCAGCCUGAGAUCGCUGAGCCUCGCGGGAAACGAGGUGGCCGACGAGAGCGUCGCGCCUCUCUGUGAGGCCUUGAAGGUCUCGCGGUGCGCCCUGCAGAAACUGAUACUCGGGAGCUGUGGCCUCACGGCCGCCACCUGCCGGGAUCUGGCCUCGGUGCUCCGAUGCAACCAGAGACUGACACACCUGGACCUGUCCGGCAACAGGCUGGGGACGGAAGGUGUGGCGGCGUUGUGUCGAGCCUUGAAGCUUGUCACCUGUGCUCUGCAGAGGCUGAUACUAAGAGAAUGUGACCUGGACACCACGGGCUGCGGCUUCCUCGCCCUUGGACUCAUGAGCAACCGCCACCUGACACACCUGAGCCUUAGCGCGAACCCCUUGGGAGACGAUGGCGUGAACCUGCUGUGUGAGGUCCUGGCGGAAACGUCGUGUCACCUCCAGGACCUGGAGUUGAUGAAGUGCCACCUCACAGCCACCUGCUGCAAGAACCUGUGCGCCGUGAUCACCCGGAGCAGGCAUCUGAGGAGCCUGGACCUCGCGGCCAACGCCCUGGGCGACGCGGGGGUGGCGGCCCUGUGCGAGGGACUGAAGCAAAGGACGACAUGUCUGAGGAGACUCGGGCUGGAGGCGUGCAAGCUGACGUCUGACUGCUGUGGGGUCCUGGCCUCAGCGCUCAUCUGCAACCAGAACCUCAGCAGCCUGAACCUAAUGCGGAACCAUUUUGGUCCUGAGGGAAUAAAGAGGCUGUGCCCAGCCUUCGAACACCCCACAUGUAACCUGCAAGUUAUUGGGCUGUGGAAGUGGGAAUAUCCUGGUCCAACGAGGAAACUGCUGGAGGAGGUCCAAGCGCUGAAACCACACACCGUGAUUGGUGACGGCUGGUAUUCUUUUGACGAAGAGGAGCGGUACUGGUGGAAAAACUGA